ACUAGCCAGCCCGAUCGCCAGUUACCACUACGAUCGCCAUGCAAAGACCUUGCGGCGGGUGCUGGGCCGCUCGCCGCCUGCUGACCGCGCCGGCGGCGGCCCCCUCGGCGGACCAGUCGAUGGAGGCGCAGCAGGCGCACCUGGAGAGGGCGCUGAGCAUCACCACCACCGUGCUCUUCGUCGCCAGCGUCUCCUAUAUCGCCCUCAGCACGCUCUACGCCUGCCUCCGCGCCGCCCGCCACGAAGACCCCGCCGGGGCCGACGCCGACGGCCCGGCGCCGCCGCGGGAGGCGACCAAGCGCGCGCUCGAGGGGAUCCCCGUGCGGGUGGUCGUCCUGCUGGACCAUCCGCGCGACGGCGGUUGCCCCGAGGCGGUCGUGGAGGACGAGGGGGUGGACGCCGACGCCUGCGCGGUGUGCCUGGCGGAGUACGCGGCCGGGGACGAGGUGCGCGUGCUCCCGGCGUGCCGCCACGGCUUCCACCGGGAGUGUGUCGACCGCUGGCUGCUCACGCGCGCGCCCACCUGCCCCGUCUGCCGCGCCCCGGUCGCCGCGCACCUCGACGGCGCCGACGCCAAGGAGGAGCUCUCCCCGCCCACGACCAGGCACGCCGGUCACUUUGGUGAUUUCGCCGACUGGUCCCUUGGGCUCCCGGCGCCGAUAUGACGGAACCGUGAGCGUCCAUCCAGUUGUGGAUCGGAGAUGGUAGCGACCAAUCAGGAAGGUUCA